AUGACUGAUACACAGUUAUUUUCAUCCUAUUCCAAGGAAAACAGUGAAAAAACAGAAGAUAUAAAUGAAAAUAUUUCAGUAGGCAUUCCCAACAAGCAACGUAGUUGUGCUGCUGUAAAUACUCCAACUGCAUGUGUUAAUAAAGCCAUUAAUCACAUACAAGAUUUAGAAGUGAAACUGGAAGAAUCCUUUCUGCAGCAUAAACUUUUAUAUAACUUGGAAAAACUUCCAUGGGAUUUGGAUGUUAAUACUGUCAAAGAAACAGAAGACAUAUGUUUACCAUUCUCUGCUGAAGUGAAGGCUGAACAGUCAUUGUACUGGAAAAAUAUUCAGCCUUUAAAGGAGAAAACAGCUGCUGUUGUAGCAGAAGUCACAGAGUUAAUUAUACGAUUAGAAAAUGAACGUAAAGAUGCUGAAGAAGCCUUGGAGUUUGAGAAGCAACGUAAAAAAAACCUAUACCGAAAUUCAGAUAAACUGUCAUUUUGGAGACUACAACAGCUUCCCAAAGCUGUUCAAAAAGAAUGGGAGAAAUGUUUGCAAGAUAUUACAGAAUUACAGUGGCAUUUUGAACAAAAAAAUGAGCAAUUACAGGAUGCACUAAACCAACUGACAAAAAUAGAGGCAGCUAAUUCAGUGAUCCAGAAGCAGAUAAACUUCAUGAAGAAAUACAGCCCUCUGCUGGAAGAAAAGCUAUGUCAUGAAGAUGAUUCUAUGAAAGGAGUAAAAACAUUAUUUGUGGAGGCAAAAACUCGAUAUGAUACUGUUCAUCAGAAAUAUUUGGAAGUGCAAACAUUGCAUGAAGAAAUCAAAGAAGAAUGUGAAAAGAAAAGGCUAUAUAUGUUGGAGCAAAUAGAAGCUGAUGAGAUUACAUUAAAGCGUCUUAUGGAUGAGUUAAAAGAAACUGACAUUUUUUAUACUGACUUCAAUAAUAAGAUAAAUGGAUUGAGGGAGGAAAUACUGGAAAAUGAAAAUCGCCUUGAAGAACUAAUCAAGCAAGAAGCAGAUACAAAAGCUGAUUUAAAGUCUUGGCAUGAUAAAGAAAAGCGUUUGAACUUGAAAAUUUCCAGACAAGAAAAUGAAAAUAAAGAACUGCUAGAGAAAUUUUUUGAAGAGGUGAAGAAUAUGGAAAGCUCUAAAUCCAGUAAAGAGUCUGAUCUACAAAUACUGAAGGAUAAGCUUGCGAGUGAUCUUCAACAAAUAAUGUAUUUGCACAAUGAAAACAAAUAUCUUAAAAAUGAAAAUGCAGGCUUUAUGCAAAAAUUCAAAGAGAGUGCAAGAAGAAAAGUGGGAUACCAAUCAGAAAUUCAGGUUUUGCAUAAAAAUAUUCGUAGGCUGGAAGAGCAUUUAAAAAAAGUCAAUAAAGAUCUUUAUGCUGCUGAAUUGACUUAUGAUGAAGCCAAAACAAAACUGGAGGAAUUGGAUCAAAACAUUGUUAAAGAAAAAGCACGUUUCAAG